AUGAAGUUCACCACCGAGAUCACUCUCCUCACUCUGGCCAUGGGCGUCUUUGCCCAAUCCGCCACCAGGGUUCUCACCGAGCGUGACCUAACCGCCAUCCAGGGCGUCAUUAAGGAAGUCGGCAACUCACUGAAGGACUUGAACAAGGCUGUGGACGGUUUCAACGGCGAUAUCAACGGCCUCACCAGUGCUGUCUCAGGUUUCAAUAAAACCCUCGUCUCGGGCACCGACACGGUCAAGAAUACGGGUGAUAUUACCCUCAACGAUGCUCUACAGCUCCAGGGAAGUGUCACCGGACUUCAGGACGACGGCAAAGCCCUCACCGGUAAUCUGAAAAAGAAGAAGCCCGAUUUCGAGAAGGCCAACCUCUGCGGUGCCGUCGCUUCACAAAUUGGCGUCGUCGGUGACGGCGCCAAGGGUCUCAUCGAUGCUGUCGUCAAGAAGGUUCCUGCCAGUGUACAGAGUGUUGCCAGCUCGCUUGCCGGCGGCUUCGCUGCAACUUUGACAUCAACCCAGCAGGAAUUCGCCCCAGGCAACUGCACCAACGCCAACGGCAAGAGCGGUGGCGUUAUGAGCGGUGGUAACAUGGACGGUGGCAUGAGCGGCGGCAACGGAAGCUCCAACGGCGCACCCAGGACCUCCUCCCCCGCCAAGGCCAGCGCUGCUACCGUGUCUGUCGGCCUCGGCUCCAUCGCUGUGGCGGCGUUUGCUGUUAUGCUGCUGUAA